GGCACGCGGCCACGGGCUCGCGAAGAAACACACACUGUGGUUGUGCGGGUUUGUGUGUGCGUGCAGAAGGGGAAAUUACGGCUAUUGGACAUUGGUCGCUUGCCACCCAGGACAACGAGCUCGUUCGGAGCGCAGCCAUGCGAGAGGCCCUCGGACGCGGUUAGCGUCGCGUUUCUGCUCCGUCGUCGCGGCGGUCUGUCAUCGCGCGUUUGUGCGGCGUGCCCUUGGCGAUGACGGCGGUGGAGAGUGUGGCUGCGGCCGUCUACCAGCAGCCGUCGCCACCAGGCCAGCUCCUGAACUUGGUCUACCUUACCCUCGCCGAUCAGACGCUGCACACCGUCGAUCAGGUCAAGUACAGCAUGCCACCGAUGAUGGCCCCUUCCGCAUACUCCGGCGAAAGCUACUGCGGCGCGUACACUACGGCCAGAUACUCAAAUGAAUACUCCGACGGCUACUACACGGAAUAUUCCCCCCGAGGAACGUUCACUGAGCUGACAGAACGAUUCUCUGAGCUCAUCCUCGGGGGAGGAGGUGACCCCAGAGCUGCGAGACAGCCUCCUCCACCAGAAUACCUUUGCCAUUUGUGUUUUUGCAAGGGGCACUACAUCAAGGACUGUCCACAGGCACGUCCGAAAGGAGAAGGCCUUACGCCGUACCAGGGCAAGAAGCGUUGCUUCGGCGAGUACAAGUGUCCCAAGUGCAAGCGGAAGUGGAUGAGUGGCAAUAGUUGGGCCAACAUGGGACAGGAAUGUAUUAAGUGCCACCUCAACGUUUAUCCGCACAAGCAGGGCUCCUUCUGCGCCAUCACUUAA